AUGUCGAUUCAUCCUCAAGAUGGAAAUAAUAUUCAACAAUCAACAACAAGAACAUCACUUCGACAAUUACGAACAAUUAUAAAUUCGAGUGACGAUGAUCCACCACCUUAUCCUGGUCUUGAAAUAACAGCAAAUACUCAUCGUACGACAGCCUAUUUUCUUCCAAAACGUUCAUCGAAUAAUCAUGAGCAAAACAUUUCAAUAUCAACUGAUGAAUAUGCAUCAGAAAACCAACAUGCUAUUCAAGCACGACAAUGGAAAAUAUCAGCUAACCAAUAUCGUAUUUGUUAUACUGGUAAUUUAUCAGAUGAUUUUCUUCGAAUAAAAGUUUCUUUAAAAUCACAAGUUACUAAUCAAAAUCAGUUCAAUAGAAAUUCUUUUACAGAUGUUCAUUUAGAUCAAUCUAUUCCGUCGACAUUCUUCCAAUUUAGUAGAAAAUCAUCCAAUAUUAAAAUUCUUAAAAAUUCAAAAAUUCGUGCACAAAUGCUUCAUAAUUUUCUUACAAAAAUUCGACAAGAACCAGCAAUAAAAAUAUCAAUGGUUCCAGAAGAACCGAUUACUCAGAGUGAUGGCUAUUCGUAUGGAAAAGAUAAUUUAUUUACUAAUCAAAAACGAAUCCAACUUCCAGUUGCACCAUUCGUUACUAAAUAUGAUUCAUUACAAUUAGAAAGUAACAAAAAGUUCAUAAUUCAACUAAUAUAUGGAUGA